UGAAACAGAGAGUGAGAGUUAGAGGGAAAGAAUCGAAUGUGAGAGCUAGGGUUUCUCAUAUGCAGAUUUCAUUAACUGGACUAAAUGCUGUAAUCGGAAGAGCUUUGGUGGUUCACGAGCUUGAAGAUGACCUUGGAACGGAUCCAGGAUCCACAAAGUAGAGGAGUUGAAGGAAACCAUAAGAGUUAUCAAAGAUGCUAAGAUGUUAAUUAUUCUAACUGUGUAGGGAGCUAAAGUGAGGGUGUUGAUGUACCCAAGCAACUUAUAAGAGAGUCGCUAAAGAACACUACGAAUCACCGCCACUCUCUUUCUCUCAAGGACCGAGGAAGAAGAAAGAUGGAUCAAGGUUCAUCAUGUGGAUCAAAUAGUAAUUGUAAGUCAUGGGUUAUGUACGGACUAGUUACAGGUGCUGCAAUUGCAGCAGCAGCAAUUGGAGCUGCCUUUUCAAUUCGAGGAUCUGGGAAAUUCAGGAGUCGUGUAAUUGGUAUUAUACCUGCUUGUUAUGCUUCUUCUAGAUUCGAAGGGAAACCUUUAGUUCAUAUUCUUGGGAAACCCAUGAUUCAGAGAACAUGGGAGAGAGCAAAACUAGCCUCGACACUGGACCAUGUUGUUGUGGCAACGGAUGAUGAGAAGAUUGCAGAAUGCUGUCGAGGAUUUGGUGCUGAUGUGAUAAUUACAUCAGAAUCUUGUAGAAAUGGUACUGAGCGAUGCAAUGAAGCAUUGGAGAAGCUUGAGAAGAAAUAUGAUAUCAUCGUCAAUAUUCAGGGUGAUGAACCUCUUAUUGAACCAGAGAUUAUAGAUGGAAUUGUUAAAGCUCUGCAGGGAGCUCCUGAUGCUGUUUUCAGCACUGCGGUGACAUCUUUGAAGCCUGAAGAUUCAACCGAUCCAAACAGGGUGAAAUGUAUUGUUGAUAACAAAAAAUGGGAAACAAUAGAUAGUGGUGUUGCUCAUGUGUGGUAAUUCUUAUGGAGAAUAACCAAAUGCGGCAGUUAGUUAUAGAUAUGUGUUUGUACCCCAUUAUAAUGGUCACUUUUAGGCACAGAACAAUAUGCUUCAUAGAGCAAUGAAUUACCGUUACUAGAGAAUUAAGCAUAUGAAUGUAAUGUUUUG